AUGUUUUGGCGUAUGGCUGGCCUCUCCACUGCUUCGCCGGUGGAGACAAUAUUGGACAAAAGUAAUUUUACUCUAGAGGAGCUGCUGGACGAGGAUGAAAUAAUUCAAGAAUGCAAGGCACUCAAUGGGCGCCUGAUCAACUUUUUGCGAGAAAAGGCUCAGGUGGAGCAGUUGAUUCGAUAUAUUGUGGAAGAGCCUACAGAAGAUGCCGAGAAACGGCGGGCAUUCAAGCUCCCGUUUAUUGCUUGUGAGAUAUUUACUUGUGAAGUUGAUAUCAUUCUGAAAACUUUGGUCGAAGACGAGGAGUUGAUGAACUUGUUGUUUUCUUUCUUGGAGCCAACCCAUUCCCAUGGGACACUGUUAGCAGGUUACUUCAGCAAGGUUUGCAUAUGCCUUUUGCUGCGAAAGACGGUUCCUUUCUUAAAUUAUGUAAAGGGUCAUCAGGAAAUUCUUGCAAAGCUGGUUGACCUUAUUGGUAUUACCUCUAUAAUGGAGGUAUUAAUUCGGUUGAUUGGUGCUGAUGAACAUUUGUACUCGAGUUACGCAGAUGACAUGCAGUGGAUACAGGAUACAAGUGUUCUGGAGUUGAUUGUCGACAAGUUCAGCUCAUCUGAUUGUCCAGAGGUGCAUGCUAAUACGGCUGAGACCCUUUGUGCAAUAACGCGAUUUGCUCCCCCUGGUCUUGCUGCCAAAAUAUCUAGCCCAAAUUUCAUUGGAAGGUUGUUUCGACACGCGCUAGAAGAAUCGAGGCCGAAAUCUGUACUAGUUAACUCACUAUCAAUAUGUAUAUCUUUGUUAGACCCUCGGAGGUUAAAUUUGGGGACGUAUCAUACAUUCAAUCGCCAGCUGAAUCAUGGAUCUGCUGUAAGUGCUAGUCCAACCACUGUUGAGGGGAUGCUGGAAAGCUUAGGUGACCUUCUGAAGCUGUUGGAUGUUUCAUCAACAGAGAAUGUCUUGUUAACUACAUAUGGAAAGUUGCAGCCACCUCUCGGCAAGCAUCGUUUAAAGAUUGUGGAAUUCAUAUCAGUCAUCCUAACCAUUGGUAGUGAAGCUGCCGAGAAGGAAUUAGUUCGACUUGGAGCCAUACAAAGGAUCUUAGACUUGUUUUUUGAGUAUCCCUACAAUAAUUUCUUGCACCACCAUGUAGAGAGCAUUAUAUUUUCGUGUUUCGAGAGCAAGAAUGGUGGUCUUUGUGAGCAUCUUCUUCGUGAAUGUAGUCUUGUGACAAAAAUACUUGAAGCUGAAACAAACUUCAAGUUAGCAACUGACUCAAGCAAGCCAACUGUCCCUGCCGAGGGUAGAUCGCCACCUAGGAUCGGGAAUAUUGGACACUUGACACGUGUAUCUAACAAACUGGUUCAGUUGGCAAAUAACAACUCUGCUGUUCAAUCACUUCUGCAGGAAAAUACUCAAUGGAUUGAUUGGCAAACAUCUGUCUUGACCAAGCGGAAUGUGGUGGAAAAUGUCUACCAGUGGGGCUGUGGGAGGCCAACUGCUCUGCAAGACCGGAGAGAUAGUGAUGAUGAUGAUUAUCAAGAUAGAGACUAUGAUGUUGCAGCACUCGCAAAUAAUUUGAGUCAAGCAUUCCGAUAUGGUAUUUACAACAAUGACGACGCGGAUGAGGUGCGUGGCUCACUUGAAAGAGAUGACGAGGAUGUCUACUUCGAUGAUGAAUCUGCUGAAGUAGUCAUAUCUUCUCUGCGUUUGGGUGAUGACCAGGACAGCAGUUCGCUAUUUACAAACUCCAACUGGUUUGCUUUUGAGGAUGACAGAGCUGCUAACGAGAGGUCUGCUGGAGCACCUGCUUCUUCCUCACCGAAUAAUAAUGAUGAGGGUGGGACUGGUGGUGCUGCCGCUGAUGUUAGCAACAAGGAGGAUGUAGCCGCAGCUAGUGAAGAUGAUGAUUUAGGUGACACAGCCACAUCUUUACCACCAUCGGUCGGCGUAUGCAACAAGAACCUGGAUGAGACGUCCGCAAACAGUAGUCUGUCUAAAGACUCGAAUGAAGAAAUGGAGACUGGAGCAAAUGAUAAUAAACCACCUGCUUGGGUGGAAUGGAGGGAAACACCUGACAAUGUCGAUGAUGGUUCAUCUGGUUCAAAGCAACCUCCUCCACCUCCCAACAACGAGGUUCAAAUAGAUGCAACCUCAAAUCAGGCGGAGGAUGGUCAGGAGGGCGGUCCAGAGUCUGUUAGUGAGCAGCAGUCGACUACUUCUCCAGCCGAAGCUCCCAUGACUGACUCAGCCACAUCUUCCAGUGGUUCAAUAAUCCCCAUUGCGUCUAUUGUUGCUGAUGCCAAGACCACGGAAGUAGGAACUGCUGAAGAUAAGGCGGCUGGAGAAGCGGCUAAAGCUGAUGAUGAUGAUGAUGGCAAGGAAAAGAGCGACUAA